AUCGGUGGUUGAUUACGCGCGUCUUUCUCUUUCGCUCUGGGCUCGAUUGCUUCAGUCUUUGUGCACCGCAGUUCAAACAUGGCGACCACGAACCCGUCGCAGCUUCUUCCUCUCGAGCUGGUGGACAAGUGCAUCGGCUCCAGGAUUCACAUCGUCAUGAAAACGGACAAAGAGAUCGUGGGGACUCUGCUGGGCUUCGACGAUUUUGUCAACAUGGUCCUGGAGGAUGUGACAGAAUUUGAAAUCACACCAGAGGGACGAAGGAUCACCAAACUAGACCAGAUUCUCCUCAACGGAAACAACAUCACAAUGCUCAUUCCUGGCGGCGAAGGGCCUGAAGUUUGACCGCUGCACGUGUUUCCCCCGAGUGUUUUUUAGUUGAUCAUGUGAAGUUUUUUUUUUUUUUGUUUCUCGUUGAUGAAAAUAUUUUUGUAACGUGUUUCUGAGUUUAAUAGAAUAAGGUCCAAACGAAUGGCACUUUUGGUUUAAAAUAAAAGACAUUUUCAAACAUG